UUCAUUUCAAUAGUAACAGCUCACACCAUUCGAAUUGUAUAUACAAUGACUUGUAGCUUCGUUCAUUUUGAACUUUUAACGUUGAUAAAAACUUAAUAUAGUUUUCAAGUUGGAGUGUAUGGAACUAUUUUAUAUCACCCUGUAUGAUGUUCUUUGUAAGUGUGUAGGCAUGUUAUUUAUAGAAAACGGAAAAACGGUCAAGGAGUUAAUCAAACGGACGAUUUGUAAAUAGUAUUUUGUUUUGUUAAGAAGUAUAAAGGGAGUAUCAUCAUUUUACGGCAAUAUUUGAAACUGAGGAGCAUAUCAUCUUUAAUAUCUAUGUUUCUCAAAAUAGAAUGCUGAGUUCAGAAAUUGAGAUAUGUUGUUUUAAUAGCCUACAUCGGAAACAAACCAAAAGCAAAAGUAUUUCAGAGUAGAUAGAUAAGAAAAAUGGAGAGAAAACAGAAAAGAAACGAGAAACUAUUGAAGGCAGCAGAAGACGGGGAUUUAGAAAGAGUAAAAAAUUUAGUUCGGCAUGGAGCUGAUAUAAAUUAUAAGGACACAUUUGGGAGUUUUACGGCCCUCCACUGUGCAGCAAAAGAAGGUAAUGUAGAGAUUAUCAACUACCUAGCAGAUAAUGAAGCAGACAUGAACUGCCGCAACAACAGGGAAAGAACACCUCUUCAUUUGUCCGUGUACAAAGGUCAGCUAGAAGCUUCAAAAGUAUUGAUAAAUAGAGGCACUAACGUUAACGCUGUUAACAAAUUUGGAUGUACUGCAUUACAUAUGGCUGGUUACUGGGUUGAAUCGGUCGAGGUAUCCAAAAUGUUGGUCGAAAAUGGAGCUAGUGUAAAUCUUAAAGACAAUGACGGGAUAACACCAGUUGAAAUAGCAGCAAAGGGUCAAAAUACAGAUGUGUUUGAAUACUUAAAAAAUUGCAGAGAUCAAGGACAUCAGAUAGAAAAUGAUUUAGAAAGAUUCAAAAUGAAAACGGAGGAAGAUUUUCAAAGUAUAGUAUCUCAAGGUUCUUACCAGUCACACGAAAACAGAAUUUAUUUGGUUGGACCUUACAAUGUUGGUAAGACUACUAUUGCAGCAGUGCUAGUAAAUGAUGAAAUUCCAAAAGAAAGAUGUCCGACAAAUGGAAUAUGGGUUCAUCUAAGGAGAGCAGGAAUGAACAUUGAAAAGAGAGAAUGGGUAUUUUAUAAAUCAGAAAUUUCUAAAUCGAGUUCUGUAUUGGAAGGAUUCCUGAUGUCUGUUAAUUACUCAGGAAUUGCACCAAAAGUCACGACCACUAUUUAUGAAAGAUCCGGAAGAACCGCAAACAAAUAUGCUACUGAUUGUGAAACCGUUGAUGAACCUGCCAGAAAGAAGCUUCGACUAGCUAAAGGUGAAUCCGAGGUGUGUCUAGAAAGUUCUCAAGUUUCUGACACGCGCCAUACCCUCUAUAGCAUGAUCGGAGCUACUCAUACACAGAUGUACAAUAGAAUUAAAGAAAUGUUGCAAAAUGGUCAAUACGAGGAAAAGAUCGCCCCUGUUGAUAUAUGGGAUUUUGGGGGACAAGACGUUUACUAUGUAACACACCAAUUAUUUAUCUGUUAUAGAGGGACAUUUCUUUUAGUUUUUGAUGGAAGCAAACAAAUGGAUGAUCCAUUAGACGUCAAAUCAUAUUUGCCGGGUAUUUCAGAGUAUCCCACAACUUCUGUCUAUCUUUUACAUUGGGUAAAUUCAAUUCUUACAUACUGCAAGAAUACUAAAGAUGGAUAUCCAAAAAUAUUAUUUGUAGCAACACAUAAAGACCUUCUACAUCAGCACAACGUAGAGAACCGCAGGCGUGAGAUAACUAGAUCGCUGGAAAUAUUAUUCCAGAAACACUCAGGUCGUCAUCAUUUAAUUUUCAAUCCAUUGAUUUUUGUUAAUGCAACUGACAAAUCCGAUCGUGAAAUGAGAAUGGUUAAAGAUCAGAUUGUUAGCAUUGCGUUUUCUCAUCCAAAAUGGGGUGAGCCAAUGCCUGUUGCCUGGAUCACAUUGGAAUUACAAAUUGCAUUGCGUGUUGAGAAAGGUGAAUUUGUUCUUACUAAGGAUGCAUUAAUUGCAAUAAAUACACAUGAGACAUCAGUGACUUUGAAUGAACAAGCCCUAGAGACAUUCCUGAAAAUUCAAAAUAGUCUUGGAAAAAUUAUUUAUUUCAAUGUGAAAAAGUUAAACAAAUAUAUAAUUAUCAAUCCGCUAUGUCUAAUUCAAGUAUUAAAAUCAAUUGUCACGAUAAGAGAACACUGGCCAAGUGGACCAGAUUUUUCAAGAACACUACUUGAACUAAGUUCCAAAGGAAUCAUAUCAAAGAAAAAUAUUUUUCAAAUUUGGCAACAGCCUGAAUUUUGUAACAUUCUUCCAUACAAAGAUUUCAUGAUUGACAUCCUGUGUCAUUUAGACAUUUUAGUAGCACAAAAAAGGUACGACAAUGACACAGAUGAUCAGGUUAUUGAAAGGUAUUUAGUGCCUUCUAUGAUUACUACUCCAUGUAAGUCAGAAUGGAUUCCAGAAAUGAUCUCGAAUGAAAAAAGUUUGUGUUUGAUUUACAACUUCGAAGAAGACAUUAUACCUACUGGUCUAUCCUAUCGAAUUCUAAGCUCAUGCCUUUGUAUAUGGGACCUGAAAAUUAUUAGAGCUGAACUUCAAUUAUUUGCAGGAUGUGCAAUGUUCGGAAUAAACCAAAAUCAUGACCUCAUAUUAAUUAUAAAAAAGAAACAGAUUAUCAUAUACCUUGUACAUGCAUUUGGAAAGUCUUGCAUAGUUCGAGAUGUUGCAACGAGCACCCAAGAAUGUUUAUCUGUAUCAAUUAAGAAAAUUUCCGACAUUUUGAAUUCCGCUGCUGGAACGUCAACCUCUGAAAUGAAUGAUAUGCCAUUUAAGUUUCAAGUAAAGGCGUCCUGUGGUUGCUAUGUAGACUAUGUAAAGCUAAAAAAUGCUUCAGGAGAUUUCUGGCAAUGUUCGCAGCAUGAAACUAGUACAGAUAUAAACCAAAUGACAAUCUGGUUCGCAAAAGAGAGGAUAGAAGACGUCUUCAAGUGUCGGCAUGGCCAAGUUCUUAAAGACGCUGAUUUGCAGCAAUGUCCAACAAAUAAGCAACUUGCACAUCUGAGUAGAAGGUUAAGUAUAAAUAGCUGUAGAGAGUUAGCCAAACAUCUGAAGGUUUCACAAGACUCAAUACAGUCUAUUUGGGAUGAAUACAGAUACCAUGUGGACGAUUACAAAUUUAUGUUAUUAUGGAAAUGGAAAGUCAAUAACCGUCAUACAUCCCUACAAGAUGUAUUAAGAGCAAUUAAAUGUAUCGAUGAAGACGACCACAAAAUGUGUCAGAUUUUUAUUCAAGACAACUUUCCAAUAGGUAUUGCUGAAAUCGUUUUAAAUGAAAUUCCAAAACCAUCAUUUUUGGAGGAUCUAAUAAAUCAUAUCGGCAUUGAAUCUUUCCAGUUAGCUAUUGAACUUGAUUUUGAUAUACCAGAAAUUGAAAUAAUUCGUUUUGAAUCUGAUCGUAACAUAAGAAAUCAAACUCGGGAAAUUUUGAAGCGUUGGAUUCGUCGAGACGGUGCUUCUGUACGUUCUCUUGUGGAAGCAUUGAUCCACAUACAGAGAGGAAUGGACUGUGUAUACAAACAUUACAGCGACUGAAAUAAAUUUGGUAAUGGAAUGCAAAAUAAAAUGUAACAAAUAUCUUAAA